AUGAAUUCUAACGAACAAGAUAAAAUAAAACAAUUUGAUAGUUUAUCAAGUCAAUCUUUAUUAAAAAAGAUUUUAGAAGAUAGAUCAUAUACUUUAUAUAAUGAUAAUAAACAUGUUUAUUGUCAUAGUUGUCAAAAAUCAAUAACUUUACACUACUUUAAUGAUGGAACUAGAUUAAAAGAACAUAUUAUUACUUCAAUGCAUCUUGAAAAUUCUCCAAAAACUGAAUCAAAAAAAAUGCAUACUACCUUUUUAACAAUAUUUUUUAGUAAUAACAAUAAUAACACACUAACUGUUAUUGAUUUAACUAAACCAAAUGAAGAGCUCAAUAACUUAGUUACAGUUACAGUUAAUGAUAAUCAACUAACAUCGUCUACAAAUCAAGUGUCUAAAAUUAAACAGCAUAAUUCUUCAAAGCAUAUUAUGCAACUUUUAUUAGAAUGUGCUGAAGGCUAUUUUAAGAGUGCAAAAUGUCUUGGAAAUUGUUCAAAUAAAUGGUGUUACAAAUAUAGUCUUUUAUCAAAAAAUGAAGUAUUCAAUAAAAGAAAUCGUGAAUAUCAGGAAUUACUUGCUCAAAUUGAUUGUGCUAUGAUCUUAAAUAUAAAGAGAGAAUUAACUGAUUCAAUUUGUUGUAAAUAUAGUCAAUCUAAUCAUUCUUUUAAAGAACUAGAUACACUUAUAAAAAAUCAAGAAAAACGUUCUAAAAAAUAUUGUUCUAAUAAUCUUGACAAUUUAUUUAAAUAUUACAAAAAAGAGAUCAUUAAUUCAAAAUAUCAGCAGCUAGUUAAAAAAUAUCUAGCAUUAGGAGGACUUUUAGAAGCAGUAGAGGAACAUGAAAUUGAAGAUUAG